UCUCCUCGCGAUUUUAUUAUUUCGAAUGGCUGGCGCUUUAAUUGCCACGAACUGUCUGAUCCAUAAAUCACACAAUGGCUGUCCUUUUCCUCCAGCCAUACCUGAGUACAAUAAUAGAUUUGGCUGGAACCUGCAGCCUGAUUAAAUAAAUAGUAUUGUGUCUCUCUGUAUAUCUCCCUCUUGAACUGGUUUCACCAGUGGCACUUUUUACAUCGCGUCCGACGGAUUUCUCUUUGAUGUAACCGAAUGUUUCUUCACUGUGAUUUCAUAGCUUGCAUCACAUAAUUUUUCAAAUUCUUAUGUGCAAUAUUUGUACAUUUUUAUAUGCAACAAUAUACACAAAAUACGUUUUAUUUUGUUAAGUUCGUCAAGAAUAGAUAUGGAGAGUCAACAGUUUUGUUUACGAUGGCACAAUUUCCAAAAUACAUUAUUGAGCUCUCUUCCAAAACUGCUCGAUGGUGGCCAUCUAACAGAUGUUACACUGAGCGCUGGUGGUAGACACAUUCAUGCUCACAGAAUCAUACUCUCAGCUUGUAGUUAUUAUUUUAAAGAACUGUUUAAGGACUUAAGCUCUUUGCAACAUCCAGUCAUUGUACUGCCUGGCAUGGAAUAUGCAAAUUUAUGCGCUCUAGUCAAAUUUAUGUACAAUGGCGAAGUGAAUAUUUAUCAAGAACAAUUACCUGCACUUUUAGCUAUGGCUGAUACAUUACAUAUUUGUGGAUUAGCUGAUAUGGCUGGGAAAAAUUCAAGACACGAUAACGGCUUAUAUGCACAGCCACCAAUAAUUCCUCAGGAAAAACUGUCGAACGAAGACAUGAUAAUGACAGAAUCAAAAGAUAACACAACGACUGCUGAAACAGAAUCAGUAUCUGCAUCCCUACAUGAGGUAAUAGAUAAUUUAGACGAUGAAGAGCCUAGCAACGAUCAAGAAAGUAUACCAUAUUGCGUGAAGACAAAGCCUUACUAUUCCAUAAAUGCAAAGCUAAAUCAAAGGGAGAAAACGUCUGUUCCUGUUAACGUAUCUGUUAAUAAGUAUCUCGACAAAGGAUACUCGGAAGGUAUAGCGGACGAAACCGCAUCAAUCACGGAGGAUCAAAUUGCUCUAGAAGAUGUAAAACCGCCAUCGGCCGCGUGGGACGGAAAUUUCAAGUUGCUUGCGGCAUCCGCACCCGGCAAAACUUCUCAGACAUACAACAAAUCUAGUGUUACUUGUUUUAUUUGUGGUAAACAGUUGAGCAAUCAGUACAACCUACGCGUACACAUGGAGACGCAUAGCAAUAGUUCAUAUAGCUGCACAUCGUGCUCGCACGUAUCGCGAUCACGAGAUGCGUUAAGGAAACACGUAUCGUAUAGACAUCCGGUGGCUUCUUCGCAGAAACGUCCACGAUACACGUCAAAACCACCAUUACUGUGAUGGUGAAGAGUCACUGCUGUGUUAUUAUAUAUAUAUAGACAUUUUAACCUUUGCUAGAAUACCUAUCAAAAAAUUUUUGGUGCAAUUGCAGAGGGAGAGAAAGUUUGAAAGAGAUAAAAAUAUUUUAUUAAAUAUAUUAAAAAUACACCCGUUUUAAAAAAUUUGUUCUAGACAUAUUGCAAUAGAGAAUAAUUUAGUGACAGAAUUCAUGGUACCUUAUAUUAGUAAGAGCAGCACUGGACUGAUUAAUAAUAAGACAAGCCAUAACAUCUUAUUUCAUUAAGUGUACAAACAACAAAGUAAAGUAUGAUCAUGUUCCUGAAGACCUUUAGUGUUCGAAUUGUUAUCGCUUUCUUGUUAUUGUUACACUGUUUUAAUAAAGACAAGUUAGAUAAGUUGCGUGACUUUUAGUGCAAAUAUACAAUAUAUCUAGAAGUGAUGAAAGCUAAAGCAUCAGGAGGCUUUAAAUAGUUAUAUGGAAUGUAAAUUACUUAUAAAAUUAAUAAAAAGAGAUGCUAGGAUUGCAAUAUAAUCUUUUUAAUCAUAUAUUAAGGAUUGUAUUAAAAAAUAAUAUACAAUAUUCAUAGACUACGAAAUAAAUAAAAUGCUUCCAAAA